UUGUAUUUUUCGAUUUCAUUUCUUCUUGCGAGUUGUGAGGUAGGGAGGGUCAACUGUGUCUUUUUGCUCUAUUUUUUUGAUUGGCAUUGUUCACUUUUUAAAAGUCUUUCGUGUUCGCAGUGUGAAGGCGAGGGCUAUGUUUUCUCUUUUCCUUGUAGCCUUUUUGUUUUGUAUGCCUUUUUCCUCUGCCAUCUGUUUUGUGAGCCCUUUUCGUUUUCCUUCUUUUUGGGGCCUUUGUUAAUAAUACUGACAAAUAAUUGGUCAAGCAAGCCGUGUAGGCUUGAUAGCAAGAAAUUAGGGUUUGUUCAUAUUUGUCAGUCUUUCUUCUCCUCCGCUUGUCCCUCAGCUUUUUCCUUUUCCUUGGUUUUACACGUAUAACAACAUUACAAAUGAAACUCGUGGGGGAUUCUGGAUCUUAAAAAGAAAAAAGAACACACACAAACAAAAGGGCUUUUCUUGUCCUUUUAUUGAACAUCCUCUUAUCUAUAAGCAGAGUUUUAUUGAGAUAGGGUUGAGUCGUGCAUGGGCGUUGACAAGGAGACAGCUUUUUUCCUUUUGUCUUUUGUGGACAAUACAAUGGUAUAUUUCUAUUGUUUAGCUGAAUCUGGGUUGUAGUUUUAAGUCAAACUCAAUUGACAAAAAAGAGAGACUGAAUCUAAGCAUACCAUUGUGAAAGUGAUAGAGCACAUUUCAAAGAACCUGGACAUAUUCUGAGAUACACAGAGUGAAAUAUAAGGAAAGUGUCGAGAAGAAGAAAAGAGUUUAUUUUUCAUUAUUUUCUGUUCUAAUGAAUUUUGGGGGUCUGAUCAAAAGUAGUAGCAGUAGCAAUACUGCUGUCGUUUCGAGGAUUGUGGCUGCUAUUGGUCCACAAGGCAACAUGCCUGGUGACGCCAUUGCUCAGCCACCUCUUUACACCCAACAACCUAUUCCCAAAUCUAUGCGGACUACUACUAUUCCCCUUUCACUCUCCAUCAAGAGCAAGAUGGACGAUCAUGAUGAGCUGGGACUGCUCGGGGAAAAUUUUGAUCCAGGCCUAAUUGGGAGGAUGAGGGAGGAUGGCUAUGAGAGCAGGUCAGGAAGUGACAAUUUUGAAGGUGCAUCUGGUGAUGAUCAGGAUGCUGGAGAAGAUGAACCGCCGAGGAAGAAGAAGUACCAUAGGCACACUCCUCAUCAGAUACAAGAGCUUGAAUUUUUCUUCAAGGAAUGUCCUCAUCCUGAUGAGAAACAAAGGUCAGAACUUAGCAAGAGGCUUGGCUUGGAGAAUAAGCAAAUCAAGUUUUGGUUUCAAAAUCGGAGGACCCAGAUGAAGACCCAAUUGGAACGUCAUGAGAAUGUGAUUCUUAGACAAGAAAAUGAUAAACUUCGAACUGAGAAUGAAUUGUUGAAGGAAGCAAUGAGGAACCCAAUGUGCAAUAACUGUGGUGGACCAGGAAUGGCUGGUGAGAUAUCAUACGAGCAGCAUCAGCUGAGGAUUGAGAAUGCUAGACUAAAAGAUGAAUUAGGAAGAGUUUGUGCUUUAGCAAACAAGUUCUUUGGUGGGCCAAUGUCUUCCUUGGCUAGUCCUGUCCCUCCUUCAUGUCUAAAUUCCAAUUUGGAGCUUGCUGUAGGCAGAAAUGAUUUCGGUGGCAUGAGCACUACAGGAACAACUUUGCCAAUGGUACUUGAGUUUGGUGACGGGGCUUUGAUGCCUUUGAUGAAACCAAUGGGCAACGAAAUGGUCUAUGAGAGAUCUAUGUUUGUAGAUCUUGCAUUGGCAGCUAUGGAUGAAUUGAUUAAGAUGGUUCAUACAGACAGUCCCCUUUGGAUCAAGAGCUUGGAUGGGCGGAGGGAUCUUCUGAACCAUGAAGAGUACAUGAGAACAUUUUCUCCUUGUAUUGGUAUGAAACCCAAUGGCUUUGUAUCUGAGGCUUCUAGGGAAAGUGGAUUAGUGAUCAUCAACAGCUUGGCUCUUGUGGAAAUGUUGAUGGAUGCGAACCGAUGGAUGGAAAUGUUUCCUUGCAUAAUUGUUAGAGCAGUGACCGUUGAUGUAAUAUCCAGUGGUACUGGUGGAACAAGAAGUGGUGCUCUCCAAGUGAUGCAAUCUGAAUUUCAGGUGCUCUCACCGUUGGUACCUACUCGUCAAGUGAGGUUCCUCCGAUUCUGCAAGCAGCAUGCUGAAGGCGUGUGGGCUGUGGUUGAUGUUUCUAUCGAUAUUACCCAAGAUGGUCCAAAUGCACAGCUGCAUGCAAGCUGCAGGAGGCUUCCUUCUGGCUGUAUUGUACAGGACAUGGCGAAUGGCUGUUCCAAGGUUACUUGGGUAGAACAUUCCGAAUAUGACGAGAGUGCAGUUCACCCACUGUACCGGACAUUAGUCAGUGCCGGGUCGGGGUUUGGUGCACAUCGGUGGAUUGCCACUCUACAAAGGCAGUGCGAGUGCUUGGCAAUCCUCAUGUCCUCUACUCUCUCAACUGAAGAUCACUCAGGAUUUAGUGCAGCGGGUAAGAAAAGCAUGUUAAAGUUGGCACAGCGAAUGACGUAUAACUUCUGUACGGGGGUCUGUGCAUCGAGUGUGCGUAAGUGGGACAAGCUCCAAAUAGGGAAUGUGAGUGAAGAUGUGAAGGUAAUGACGCGGAAGAACAUAAACGAGGCGGGUGAGCCCCCUGGAGUUGUGCUGAGCGCAGCAACUUCAGUGUGGAUGCCGGUGACACAGGAAAGAUUGUUUAAUUUCCUGCGUGAUGAGAGACUGAGGAGUGAGUGGGACAUAUUGUCAAAUGGGGGACCAAUGCAGGAGAUGCUUCGCAUUGCCAAGGGCGAGGAACGAGGCAACUGCGUCUCCCUCAUGCGAGCUAGCGCAAAUGAUGGUAACGAGAAUAGCAUGCUAAUACUACAAGAGACAUGGAGUGACGCGUCGGGGGCAGUAGUGGUGUAUGCACCCGUUGAUAUAUCGUGCAUAAGUGUGGUGAUGGGUGGUGGGGAUUCGACGUACGUGGCACUUCUGCCGUCGGGAUUUGGAAUUGUGCCUCUGCCACCAAACAAGUGUAAAGGAGCCGAAGGAUGUAUUCUUACAGUGGGAUUUCAGAUAUUGGUGAACAGCCUUCCGACGGCGAAGCUGACAGUGGAGUCGGUUGAGACGGUGAACAAUCUCAUCUCCUGCACCAUUCAAAAGAUCAAGGCGUCUGUGUCCUUAACCUCACCAUAGGAGAGGAGUUGGCACGAAAGAGGUGUGGAGUCAAGAACGAACCGCGGGUGCACACAAUACAUACAUAAUUUUUGUUUUUGUUUUCUUUUUUUCGUGAUAGUUUGUGGUUCGGGUAUUGACUUUUUCAUCAGCAACUAAAUUAUUAUUAGAUUCACAAAGUCUUAAAAUCGGGAGUAUUUUGCUUUCUCUCUUUUGGUGGUUC